AUGUUCAGGGAAGGUUCAAAAGAGCGGGACAAAUUUGAGGAGGGCCUUAUUCACCUAGAUUCCAUACAGGGCAUCUUUAAAAAGUUCUUGCGUUGUUACAGCCAGUCUGAGACUUCUGUACAUGCUGAGGUUGCAGUCCUUGAGCAUUUCCAUCGAGCAGAACGGGACUUCGCAGGGAAUGAUCACUUCAUUGCCUGUAGUAAGCCGGCGUGUCUGUGCUGUGAACUCUACUUCAGACACCAUCCUGCUCGUAUGGUGAGGCCGUCAUCGCACAAAAAGUUAUGGCCAAAGUGGAGUCCCCCAUAUGAGAGGGAGCCACCUACCGAGUCUGUGGCAAGACAGCAAAGGAUGAUCCUGAGUAAGAUGACCCAAGAUCUCCGUGAAGAGCUUAUCAAUCAAGUGCUUCAAAAGACCCGAAAAAGUCGUUGGCAUCCAGACUCGAGGUCGUGCCUCACAGACUUGCAGAGUAGGGAUAUUUCAUUUUUGUUUGAAGAUUCAGAGUCGGCAUCAAUGAGCUGCCUUGAGGAGGAUCGCAGCUCGAAGGAAAGUGACAGCUCGGAGGAGAAUGAAGGAUCAGAUUCCGACGAUGGCGGCAUCUUAAUCUGUUAG